GGCUAGGGUAAGAGCUUGGAGGGGGGGUUGGACGCCGGCCGCUGUACAGUUGGCGCUGUGCAGCAAAGCAAGCACAGGACGCGGCAGCCCAUAGUAAUCAAGCACCGCAAUUCGCAGCCACCAGUAAACACGACGAAUAAGAGCCAUGCCCAAGAAAGGAGGCAAGAAGGGCAGCAAGAAGGGCAAAAAUGACGAGGCAGCCCGCGCCCUGAAACUCCAGCAAGAAGCUGCCGCACGGGAAGAGCAGCGGUUGUACGAGGAAGCAAUCAAGGCCCGCGAACAACACAUCGCCGCGAGCGAGGCGGCGCUCCAGAAGCGCGAAGAUGGCGUAGGUGUGCUCGAAACCGAGCUGCGCCAGAAGUUCGAGAGCCUCGACGCCGAGGUGGUCCUGCGCGCGCGGUCGGGCGUCGCCGCGGCCGAGGCGCGGGAAGCGGCCUGUCAGAAACUAGGCGCCAUGCGCGAGGAGGCAGUCAUGCAGCGGCUCGCCUCCUUCGCGGACGCGGAGACGGCGCUGGCCGUGCGCGAGAUGAGGGUCGCGGCGCGCGAGCGGGCGCUCGAGGCGAAACUGAACGACACGGUCGCCGGGCACAUGGACAAUAUGGUCGCCGCGCAGGGCGACAAGCGCGAGAAGCUGGACGCGCUCAAGCGCGAGGUCGCCGUCGCCGAGGACGUGCUACGGAGGCAGAAGGACGCGCUGACGGACCGCGUGACGAAGGCGCGAGCGGUCCUGGCGCAAAAGAACCGCGAGGCGAAGAAGAGAGUGGCCGUCGCGGAGCGAAAACUCAUCGAGAAGGAGUUUGCGCGGAAGCGGCGGAUGGCCCGCGGCGUGAAGGAGAUUGAGGCCUUCCUGGAAACGCAACGCGAGAAGGUCGUGGCGCGCGAAGGCCAGGUGGCGUCCCGCGAGGAGGCCAUCGCUCGUCGCGGCGAGGCCGUCGAGCAGCUGGUCCGGGAAGCGCGGGCGUACGACAUCGACUUGCCACAAAACGAGGCCGCCGCGUCGCCGGUUCCGGACCGAAACGUGCCCGUGGCCGAGCUGACGGGCGUGAUCGAGCGCGUCCGGAAGAUGGCGGGCGCGGACGACGGCGCGACCGGCGCGGAUCCGAGCGAAGAGGCCGGCGCCGUCGCGGCCGCGGCGAAAGAGGUCCAGGCCGCGGCGCGCCUCGCGUCGCGGCCGUACGCGGCGCGGCGGUUGCCCGAUCGGCACGUCGACGACGCCUUGGAUGCGGUAGAAGAUGAUUCAGCGCGAAAGGAAGCGGACGAACAGCGGCAAAAGUCUCUCGUCGCGAGGGCACGUUGGAAGAGGAGCAUCGCGAAAGUCGGCUGGGCUGCGUCCCUACAUACCAUGGCGCGAAGGAGGGCCGCCGGCUUCUCCGACCAACUCCACGAGCGACUCCACCGCACCGAUCGGCCAGGUGUUGCCGAGGCAUUGGACUUCUCCGCUAUUAUCGCCGACAAACGCCAACAACAUCUGAAAGGAACACGCGAGUGGGUCUUCGACUUUGUCGAGAAAUGGCGCGUUGAUCCGGAAUCAGCAAAGCUCUUCUGGCUCGUGGGCGGCGGCGGCACGGGAAAGAGCGUCGCCGCUGCGGAGCUACUCGUGCGGCUGCUCGGCAAAGAAAACGCAGCGGCGUGGCACUUCUGUAAGCACACCGAGCCGGCGCGGUCCGCGCCAGCGGUGCUGUUGCGGUCUCUGGCGGGCAUGCUCUGCGCAACGGUCGAGGGCUUCGAAGACGCACUGACGGAGACCGCGGACGUCAAGACGGACAAGGUCGACGAGCUCUUCGAGGCUUUAAUAGCAAAACCGCUGCAAAGCGUCGAGGCGCCCCGUGACGCGGACAACGCGCUUGUUUUGAUAAUCGACGCGCUCGACGAGCUGCCCCGCGACGCGCUCAAGCCGGUGUUGUCGUUGCUCUCAACCGAGCUGAAAGAGCUGCCACCAUGGAUCAAAAUAGUCGCGACGAGCCGCGAUGAGGCGCAGAUUAAAGCUGCCCUGUCCGGCUACACGCCGACGGAGCUCCGCGUCGACGAAGGACGGAACCGGCAGGACGUGAGGGCGUACCUGACGGUACUCGCGAAGCAACACGUCGAGCUCGAGGUGACGAUGGAGUCGCUGCGGCAGGAGGUCGAGGCGAAGUUCCCGGGCUUGAAGAAUCUCGACACGUUCGCCGACCUCGAGGAUCCGCUGCGCCGGUCAAAGGGCGCGUACGACGAGGCGGUCCGCGGCGUCGCCGGGAUCCACGAUCUCGAGAAGUAUAAGGAGCGACGUCUCGACUUGAUGCAAGACGAGACCGACUUCGAGAAGCUCUACGCCGACGCAGCUCUGGCGCAGACGAUCUUGAUCGCCGCGCUGAAGACGCUCACUGGCGACGUCUCGGACCCGGGCGUGAAAGGACGUGAAUCAGCAGAUCGUAAGCUUGCGGACAAGUACACCGACAAGAAUGGUGUGCCGCAUCCCGAGAAGUUUCGGGAUCUAGCCCGCGCGACAGUUUUGUUCGAGAACGCCGCCGACCUUCUGAAGGUGCUGACUGCAUUGGACGGCGGUGGCCUUGGGCUAGAGAUUGCUCAAUUAAAAAACAAGUUCGCGCACCCGACGCCGCUCGGCUACCGCGACAUAAAUUUGAACGUCAGCGUGCGCCUCGACGACGGCCGAAAACAUCUCGCCGAGGUUCAGCUGAAUUUAAGGAGCGUCGCGGACGCGAAGCACGUCGCCCAUAAGCAGUACGAGGUGAUUCGACUAGCACUACCGAAGAUGUGCGAGGGCACCAGCAUCGGCGCGGACGAGCUCCAGACAUUCAUCACGGAUCGAUUGCGGUCUUCGGCGCUAGAUUCAGCCGUGACCUCGCUCGAACGGAAGGCCGGCGGGCUCAUGCUCUAUGCGCGCCUCAUUGCGGACCAGCUCGAGGCGACGAGCGGCAAGAUCAACUUUGCAAGCGUCGGCGCGCUGCCGGCGGGCCUCGACGAGAUCUACGCGGAGAACUUUCGGCGCGUGUUUGUUGAUGAUGGCGCGUGGCGCGACGCGCUGCCGCUCAUUGAAUUAAUCUGCGCUGCUGCAGAGCCGUUGACAAUUGACGCUGCGAGUGGAGCGCUCGGCUGGGAUCGGGCUCGCUGCGAGCGUCUCUGCGCGGAAGUGUCGCUACUGUUUCCGCUCCGCGAGGGCGAGGUGAUCGGUGUGCUACAUAAGACCGUGACGGACUGGCUGACCGGCGAAGCGCCGUUUGACAAGCGCUCUUCGAAGGACGCAUUCUUCGUCGCGCGGGACGCGGCGCACCGGCGGCUGGCACGGGCGUGUGCUCGAGCGAUUCGUGCUGGGGUUCUGGAUACGGAGUCGUACUCGAGCGACGCGGCCGCGGAUGAGGUGUUGGCUUCCUUCGUCGAGGGCGAGGGUGGUGUGGCGUCGGAUGCUUAUGCGUUGCGUUGGUGCCUGUUUCAUAUGAAGCGGUCUUGUUCUGAGGCUAAGGCCGUUGCCAUGGCGUGCGCCUUGUCGUACGUGGAGAAACGGAGCGAUGGCGACAUUGUCUCCUUCGUGGCAGACUUGCAUGCUCUGAAGGGUCAGGACACGUUGCUGCUGUCCGACUCCGUGGUGUUGUCACGGAAGGCGCUGUCGCAGGGCGCGGCGCUUAUCGAGCAGCUGUGGCAGCGCAUGACGCUACGCGCCGAUGCGGAGUCAUCUCCUGCCGCGCGACGCCUGGCCGACGACGCAAAGCGAGUCGCGAGCAAUUUGAUGUACUCAGCCGUGCGGCCGAUGGGUCUGACGGCGGCGGGUGGGGCGGAGCGGUGUCGGCUUGAGGUUCGUGCUGAGUGUUUGGCGACGUUCGUGGAUCCGGCGACGGGCGAGCCGCGUGUUGCUUGUUAUUGUCGUGGCGGUGUGAAAAUCUACGAUCCGGUCGCGGGUGGCGCGGCGCUGGUCGUGAUUGAUGUGGACUCUCAUGUGGAGGCGCUGGCGGUCUUCAAAGAUCCGGCGACGGGCGAGCCGCGUUUGGCUUGUGGAUGUCAAGAUAAGAAGGUGCGCAUCUAUGAUCCGGUCGCGGGUGGCGAGGCGCUGCUUGUGAUCGACGUGGGCUCGAACGUGUAUUCACUGGCGGUCUUCACGGAUCCGGCGACGGGUGCGCCACGACUCGCGUGCGGUACAAGCAAGAACGACUCCGCGACAGACUCAUGGAUUUACGACGUGCGCGUCUUCGACCCGGUCGCGGGCGGCGAGGCGCUGGUUGUGCUUAAAAUGGACGAUGAAGUGGACGCCUUGGCUGCCUUCAAAGACCCGGCAACGGGCGCGCCACGACUCGCGUGCGCGUCGGAAAAGAAGGUGCUUGUCUUCGACCCGGUCGUGGGCGGUGACGCGUUGCUUGUGCUAGAUAUUGGUUCUUAUGUGAAUGCACUGGCGGUCUUCAAGGAACCAGCGACGAGCACGCCGAGGCUCGCGUGUAGCUCUGACGAUGGGAAGGUGCGCAUCUUCGAUGCAGUUUCUGGCGGCAACGCGCUGCUCAUGCUCCGCGUGGGCUCCCCGGUGAAGGGACUGGUCGUAUUUAAAGAUUUGGCGACGGGCGCGUCGCGGCUCGCGAGCGGGUCGCGGGACAAGAAGGUGCGCGUCUUCGACCCGUUCGCGGGCGGCGAGGCGCUGGUCGUGCUCGAGGGGCACACUGGGCUAGUGACUGCUUUGACAGCCUUCACAGACCCGGCGACGGGCGAGUCGCGGCUCGUGAGCGGAUCGAUGGGAUAUAACAAUGACGUCCGAGUCUGGAACCCGGCGGCGGGCAGCGCGGCGAUCAAGGAUAAGCCCGAGGGACACUCUGGUGGUGUGCAUGCUUUGCUAACCUUUGUGGAUCCGGCGACGGGCGCGCUUCGGGUCGCGACCGGGUCGUUGGAUAAGACGGUUCGCGUGUGGGACGCGGUGACUGGCGGUGCGCUGCUCGUGAUUGGCGUCGGCAAGAGGGUGAAUGCGCUGGCUUUUUUUGUGGACCCGGCGACGGGCGCGCCGCGGCUCGCUUGUGGUUGUGACGAAGGUGUGCGUGUCUUCGACGCGGUCGCGGGCGGCGAGGCGCUGCUCGAGCUCCACGUGCGCGCUGGCGCGCUGGAAGUCUUCACGGACCCGGCGACGGGCGCGCAGCGGCUUGCUUGUGGAGUGAAUAUUGCAGACUCAGACUCAGACUCAGACUCAGACUCAGGGCCUUCUGGAGAGGUGCGUGUCUUUGACCCGGUCGCUGGUGGUGAAGCGCUGGUCGUGAUCGACGUGGGCUCGAAGGUGUGGGCGCUGGCGGUCUUCGCGGACCCGGCGACAGGUGAAUUGCGAAUAGCUUGUGGUUGUCAAGAUGGGAAGGUGCGCAUCUUUGACCCGGUCGCGGGCGGCGAGGCUUUGGUCGUGCUCGAAGGGGGCGGUAGCUCGCUGGUCGUAUUCACGGACCCGGCGACGGGCGGACUUCGCCUCGCGAGCGGGUCGGACGACAAGUCCGUGCGCAUCUGGGACUUGGUUGCGGGCGGCGCGACGCUGUUUGUGCUCGAGGGACACACGGGUUAUGUCUACGUGCUGACGGCCUUUGCGGACCCGGCGACGGGCGAGACGCGGCUCGCGAGCGGGUCGUACGACAAGACUUUGCGGGUGUGGGACGCAAACAAGGGCGGUGCGGCGCUGCGAGUGGUUUCUUUUGAUGAUGCGGUUAAGACCUUGACCGUCGGGCGCGACACGAGCAGGCUCUUCGUGGCUUCGGGGAAGCGGUGGGGGGAGCUGCGCGUUGAGAGCGGCACGACGCCACUGACGCUCGCCUGCUACAAGGGUGACGUCGCCGCAAUAUCAGCUUUUCUUCAGCGGGGCGCUGGCGUCGACCAGCGAGAUGAUGACGGUUAUACGCCCCUGUUCGUCGCGAGUUCAAAAGGGCACGUCGACGCUGCGCGCUUGCUGCUCGAUGCGGGAGCCGCGGUUGAUAAGCGGCGCGAGGGUGAUUUUUCGCCGUUUGGGAUUGCGUGUGCCCUCGGGCACGUCGACGUGGCGACGCUAUUGGUGGAGCGAGGUGCUGAUACCGCCGCAGUCAACACGUGCAGUGGCGGAACGCCGCCGCUUCUGUUUGCUUGCCGGCAACGGAAUCUCGACGCAAUGCAGUUAUGUCUCGAGCAUGGCGCAGAUGUGAAUUGGGCGAACGAAUAUGGUAAAACGAUUCUGUAUGACGCGUGCAAAAAUGGCAGCGUGGACGCGGCGCGGCUGUUGCUGGACAAAGGCGCGGAGGUCGAUCGGGCGGAUGAGGACGGUCGGACGCCGCUGUACGUCGCCUGCAGGGGCCACGUCGACGCUGCGCGGCUAUUGCUGGACAACGGCGCGGAGGUCGACCGGGCCAGGGAGGACGGUACGACGCCGCUGUACGUCGCCUGCCAGAAGGGCCACGUCGACGCGGUGCAGCUGUUGCUGGACAAUGGUGCGGAGGUCGACCGGGCGCCGGAGAGCGGUAUGACGCCGCUGUACAUUGCCUGCUCGAACGGCCACGUCGACGCGGCGCGGCUUUUGUUGAAGUGCGAUGCGGAGGUCGACCUGGCGACGAAGAAGGGUACGACGCCAUUGUACGUCGCCUGCCAGAGAGGCCACGUCGACGCGGCGCGGCUGUUGCUAGAGAAAGGCGCCGACGUGCACAAGGCCACCAACAGAAAACGAACGCCGCUACACGGCGUCUGUGAUUAUUUCCAGUGUCGUGAUUCUCACAUCGAAGUGGCCCGGCUUUUGUUGGCAAAUGGUGCUGAUGUCGACCGCAAGGACAAAAGUGGCAAGACACCGAUGGCGCUCGCGGAAGAUCAGGGGCAUUCGGACAUGGUC